CUGGGCUUGUCUCUGGCGGGCCUCUCCUCUCUGGCCGGCCUCUCGCGUCCGCCCGCCGCGGUCGCCGCCGCCGCCGCCGUCGCCGCCGCCGGGAAGGUCAGCAGCAGUCACCUCUGCUUGGCCGAGACUAAGAUCCUUGCCGGCACAUUUCUGGAUAUCCUGUUGAACCUUCUUAAGAAUUCAGAGAAACUGUCAGGUGACCACUGAAAGAAAGAUCUAAUCUUAAGGCUUACGCAUAUCCCAUCCACCACAUCAGAACAAUGUCCUACGUUUUUGUAAAUGAUUCUUCUCAGACUAAUGUGCCCUUGCUACAAGCCUGUAUUGAUGGAGACUUUAACUAUUCCAAGCGGCUUUUGGAAAGUGGCUUUGACCCAAAUAUUCGUGACAGCAGGGGCAGAACAGGCCUUCACCUUGCAGCAGCCCGAGGGAAUGUAGACAUCUGCCAGUUGUUGCAUAAAUUUGGUGCUGAUCUUCUGGCCACAGAUUAUCAAGGGAACACAGCUCUUCAUCUCUGUGGUCAUGUGGAUACUAUUCAAUUUUUGGUUUCCAAUGGACUCAAAAUUGAUAUUUGCAAUCAUCAAGGUGCUACACCCUUAGUUCUGGCAAAGCGCAGGGGAGUGAAUAAAGAUGUCAUCCGAUUGCUGGAAUCUUUGGAAGAACAAGAGGUAAAAGGAUUUAACAGAGGAACUCACUCAAAACUGGAGACCAUGCAGACAGCUGAGAGUGAAAGUGCUAUGGAGAGCCAUUCGCUCCUCAAUCCCAACCUACAGCAAGGUGAAGGAGUCCUGUCCAGCUUCCGAACCACAUGGCAGGAGUUUGUAGAGGAUCUGGGUUUCUGGAGGGUUUUGCUCUUGAUCUUUGUCAUCGCUUUGCUGUCUCUUGGCAUUGCCUACUAUGUGAGUGGGGUGCUCCCCUUCGUGGAAAACCAGCCCGAACUGGUGCAUUAAAGGAGCUCAUGGGAGACGAGGCAGAUAGAUGCCUGUUUCCUGGCUUCCAGUGUUCCUCAGUUUCUCAAAAUUGUUCUCUCAGUGCAAGGCAGUGAGGGCUGUAUAUUUUUUCUUUCUGCAUUUUUACAUAUUGUAAUCCUUUUAGAACAAUGUGUAGUCAAGGAUACUGCAUCCUAAAGCUACCUCUGACUCAACCUGACUUCUUAGGAAAGCCUACACAUAGCCUUGUUUGAUAAAAAUAUGGGAAUGACUAAAGAAUGAAAGAUAAAGGAAGAAACUAGGAAGUCCUUGCUAUAGAAACCUUACCAUAAUAAUAGGACCAACUAAAGUGAAGUGUUCAAAAAGAAAAAGAUUUUAAUCAAUUUUGGUUGGUGGUUUUGUUUUAUUUUGUUUUGUUUUUGCCAGAGCCCCUUUUCUCUUUUUAAUUUACGUCCUCUGGGACUAGGGGAGAGGAUGAAACAUUCAGCUUAAAACUUGAAGUGCUUUUUUCAAAGCCUACGUAGUAAAUCAGUAUUGUUGGAAUCUGUUUGGUUUAUUUUAAUACUUUCUAGUCUAGUCACAAACCAAGUAGAACUUUUGAAAGUAAGCUAUAUUUUCUUCAAAAAUAAUUGAUUUGAUCUUAUAUUUAUUUGUUUUUAGGAUAAUUUAAAAUUUUUUUUUUGGUUAAACUGCUUUACUUGUUAAUAUCUGGGAAGAAUGAACUGGAGGGGUUUAUUUCACUUUUUAAUUUCCCCUAGUGUUUAUUUCAAAGGUAUUCUAUUCAUCAAAAAUAUAGUCAGAAAACUCUUUCUAAUUCAGUAGUUAGCAGGGAAAAAUAAUUCUGAUAUUUAACUGUGACUGUAAUUUUGUAAUGCUAUUAUUAUUGUGAAAAAUUCAGUUCUAUAAGCUUGCCGUGUUGUCACAAUUGUAUGAUAGUUCAUAAUUAUUUUAUGUGCAAUCCUGUUUAGAGGUCCUGUAGAAUUGUCAUAACAAUCCCAUCCAUGUCAGUAAUUCUCUGAUAGCAAGAAUGGAAGGAGUAUUUCUGAGUUAACAAUGCUGAACAUGAUUGUACUGGGUUUCAUAAACACUCUAUGGAUAGUAAGUUUGUGUAAAUUUAAAUCUGGCCCCAAAACUAUAUUGCAGCAUUGCAGCUUUCAGCAGUACGUUUGAAGUGCUCUUUUGUUAAUGAUUCUGUUAUGUAUAAAUCAUAUUCUUGGGUUAUUAAAAUAGAAUAUGAAGACUUGAUAAUUAUUCAUUGGGAAUAGUGAGAAAACUGUAGUGAAAAACUAAAUGGAUUUACUUUAUAGAACAGAGGCAUCUAAGCUACUGCUAAUUGAAUUGCUAGAAUUAGAAAUUAUAGUUUAGAAUAGAAUUGGUAUUAUGGAUUCAUUUUGCUUCUUGUUAUUUUCUCUUUUGUAUGUAUAUAUCUAGGGUUGAGGUGUUUUCUUUCGUGUGGCUUUAUCCUCUCUUAAAGAGCUGUUUUAAAAUUUCCUGAUUUACCUGGCUGCAUCAGUGCCAGCUCACAGAGUCUUGCUUUCAAGUUAGAUUCAAACAAAAUAAAUCAUACUUGGUAUAAAUACAUCAAAAACAGCAGACUUUAGAGUGGAGCAUACUAGAAAUCAAGGUAUAUUCACAAUGAAAGUUGCGGAAUUAGCUUUACUUUUGUAAACAUAAACAGAUAUACAAAAUUGGUUAAACAUACAUGUAAAUAUGUUGCAUUUUUAAAAUAGAUGUUUCCUUUUAAGUGGUGAUUUCUUUGUAUUCUAUUCUCUGCAUUCAGAAUUCAUUAACACUACCAAUAAAUGUAUUUAUAAUCUCUUAAUCACAA